GUCUAAAAAUGCAAGGACAACUAAAUUAAGACCUCACAUCUCUCCUGCUUAUGAUGUAACCAUGCAUUUAUCUUAAUUAAAUUAAGCCCCCGCCCCGCCCCGCCCCGCCCCCCGCCUCUUUAUAUAUACUCUCCAUAUUUCCAUCGUCUCAUCGGAUCAAAGCAUACACAAAACCAUGGUAGAAACGGAAGUCACAACGAUGGUGAUUAAGGUUGACCUUGGAUGCGAAAAAUGCCACAAGAAAAUCAAGAGAGUACUGUGUGCUAUCCCUCAAAUCCAGAACCAGAUAUAUGACAAGAAGGCAAACACAGUGACAAUCACUGUGGUGUGUUGCUGUCCUGAAAAGAUCAAGACAAAAAUAUACUGCAAAGGAGGUGAAGCUGUCAAGUGCAUUGAGAUCAAGCCGCCUCCGGAUAAAAAACCACCAAAGCCAGAGCCACAGCCACAGCCAAAGCCACAGCCACAGCCAAAGCCACAGCCAAAGCCAAAGCCACAGCCACAGCCACAGCCACAGCCAGAGCCUAAACCGCAUCCACAGCCACAGCCUAAACCGCAUCCUGAGUGCCCAACACCCCGAAGGACUUGUUGUGAUGAAUGCUACCGAGGGAUUAGUGGAGGCCCAUGUUAUCAUGACUUCUGUAUGCCAACACGUCCAUGUUAUGUACCUUGUGGAAGGCCAGUGUGUGAUAUAUGGGAAGUUGGUGGUUGUAGUUGCCGAAGUAGGGGUUACUAUUUGUGUAGAUGUGAAUAUGUUUAUGAAGACUAUCCCCCGACAUGCAAGAUCAUGUGAAGGAAAAGUUCAGAAGACCGAUGAUUUGAGUCAACGUCCAACAUCAACCAUUGGAUUCAAAUCCAGUGGUCAUGAUGGGCCCUACUGUUGUGUUUAUAAUACCAUCCCUUUUGUGAUGCUGCUGUUGUUUUGACCUCUUUCAUCUAGAUGAUGCGCAACUUUGUGCCUAGCUAGUAUUUUCAAGUCAGUGGUCACAGUUUUUCCAUUGUUGAUGGCUUGUAACAUGUUUGGUCAGCAAAUAUGGGAGGCUUUACUACCUAGUCUUUGUUUUUUAUGCUAUCUUAUAUUCGUAUA